AUGGUGGAGGCACUAGUGUGCACUAGUGACUGGCUUAGAGGUGAAGAAAUUAACUUAUACAAGGAGCUGACAGAAGAUGAAUUCAACUUUUAUAAGGAUUGUGAAGAAGUGAUCACAAGUACCAUAAGUCUUCAUCCUGUGUUGGACAAGACUACAUAUCACCUUAUAAACAAAGAGACGCUGGCCAUCGUGAAAAAGGAAGCAAUACUGGUGAAUGCAAGUCGAGGACCAGUUAUCGACGAAGCUGCUUUGGUUGAACAUCUGAAGGCAAAUCCUAUGUUCAGUGUCGGUCUCAAUGUUUUUGAGGAUGAGCCAAAGAUGAAACCUGGUCUUGCUGAACAGAAAAAUGCAAUUGUUGUGCCACAUAUUGCCUCUGCAUCCAAGUCAAUAGUGGACGUGUGAAGGACUGACCACUCUUGCUGCCUUGAAUGUUCUUGGAAAGAUUAAAGGGUAUCCAGUUUCCAGUUUGGGGGGAUCCAAAUCGUGUUGAUAAAUUCUUGGAUGAGAAAUCUCUAGUUCCUGCAGCAUGUCCAAGCAUUGUUAAUGUCAAAUAGCUUGGCCCGCCAGUUUCAAAACCGUGAUGCGAUACAAGAUAAACACCGCAGAAGAAAGGCUUUGUUAUUAUUUAGACACAAAGGGAUAAAUAUCUAGGCACGAUGUAUAUGAAUAUGAUUGCCACACAGUUCUUAUUAUUUACCGCAGAGAGAAGGUAAAAAAGGGAAGUUGA